AUGGCAGCGGUGCGGACCAUCAACGACAUCAAGGCAUGCGAUGCGUGCGCCAAGUCGAAGCGCAAGUGCGGGAGGGAACUGCCCGUCUGCCAGCGCUGCGUUGCCAGGCGGCGUGCCUGUGUCUACCCUACCCCUAAACCGAGAAACUUCGUCCUUCUUGCAGAGGAUGAUAUCCCCCUAACACAGCAUCAGUCCCUGGCGCCGUUGCGCGUGGCCCCUGAACCUUCGUUAUAUUAUGAUCCACUUGGACUGGAUGACGAUGCGCUGCGUGUACUCUUAGGCUAUGAUGUUCUGCUGUCCUCUUCGAUGCAGCCAUACGCCGCGACUGAGCCAAUACCGCCUCAAGGAGCACCGAACUGGACCAGCCCAAUAGCAACCAAUCUCUUUCACUUCAGUAACGAGCAGCAGCCAUCACAGGAUAUGGCCAGCCAGUGCUCCUGGUUCCUCAGCCCAGAGAGCUGGACUCUCGUCACGACCGGGCACAUCUACCAACUGUCAGCCCUGACGCGGGGCGCUGACGUGCUCGCUGACCACAUCAUCAGCACCCUCAAGUCCUGGCUCUCCAGCUGGGUGUCCCGGGGAGACUGCCCGUUCGUGCACUCCACUCUCUACUCAGACCGCAUGCCCCGAUGCGUCGCAGACGCCUACUCAACCCUAGCCCUGUACAGUGUGCGUACACCUGAGAACCGUAUCAUGGUACGUCGCCUAUUCCACGAACGGAUGCUGCGCCUCGUACAAGAGGGCGCCAGCCCGGACAAGGAGCACCACCACUACCAGCACCUGCUGGGGCGAAUGCAGAGAGCAGAGCGAGGACUACCAGUUGGAACGGCGGAAGACGGGGAAGAAGCCGCCCGUUUAUUCUUCCCCGAGGGCAGAGAGGUCUUGGUCCGCCUCGCGCACGUUCAGGCCCUACUCGUCUACCAGAUCGUUGGCUUCUUCGAUGGCGAGAUCUGCCUGCGUCGCCACGCCGAGGCUCUCGUGCCCACGCUCAACGCCUGGCUCGAAGAUCUGCUGAGCGCGGCCCGCACCGCCACGUCUAACCCGCUGCUGCCUAUCCUGGGGUUCGACGGCAGCAGCGCCGUGGCGCCACUGGCGCACACUAUGGGACUUGGAACGCCACCAGGAACCUCAGUGACCGUAGAACCAAAUGACGGGAGCGGCGGCAGCCAGGGACUUGGUGUCCUCACGCAAAAGGAGGAAGAUAUGCAGUGGCGCCUGUGGGCCGUGGUCGAGAGCGUGCGGCGCACAUGGACCGUCGCGUGCCUGGCGCAGGCGGCUUACACGACGGCGUACAGCGGCGACGCCAUCUCCCACGGCCGACUGCAGCUUACCUUGACGGCGGGUGCCUGGGAUGCGCCGUCGUCGUUUGCGUGGCGCAGGAGCCUCGGGAAAGAUAGCUUUCGUGGGUCGGCAGCAGAAGGAGCAGCAGCAGAAGCGGCCAGAGGAGGAAGAGGAGGAGGUAAAGCACAGCAACAACCGCGACAGCUGGUGGAUUUGCAUGACCUGCUAGCCAAAACGAGGCCUGAUGAGGUCGAUGAGUUUGGAAAGCUUGCAGGCGAGGCCGCGUUUGGACUUGACGCCAUGGAGAGAUGGGGUGUUGAUAUCAGUGCUACUCCAUGA